GGCGCCGCCAGCGUCGGCUGUCUGCGGGCGUCGCGACGCAGGCGUCAUUUGCUGCUCCGACGGCAGGCGUCCACGUAGUCACAUCGCCCGCUCUCGCCUAGCAGACAGCAGACCGCUGGCCGCGCGCGUGCAGUGAGCGACAGACAGAGAGACAGCCAGCCAGAGAGGAGGGACCCUAGCAGCAUGCGGCCCGCCCCCGCGCUCUCCGCCCUCGCCGCCUCCGCCUGCCUGCUGCUGAUCGCCUCCAGGCACAGCAGCUUCGUCGAUUCGGCGCCCGUCGACGAGUCGCCUCGCCAGCAGUCGCAGCCCCAAUCUGGUGCAGAAACAGCCGAAGAUCAACAGCAAGCGAACUUCGACGAGGUGAAGCAGCUGGAAGACCUGAAGAAUUCCUUCGGCAAGACGUUCUCGGUGUUGAAGUCACACUCCGCCACCUACUCCGACGUGAACGGGGAGCGGCGCGCCCAGUCGCAGACCGACGAGGAGGCGCGUGAAGACGGGCGCGUGGUGGCGCACCUGAGCAAGACUGCGGAAGGGGAGGCGCCGGUGGGGGCGACGCCUUCGACGCGGACUCGCGUCGAGCUGAGCCUGCCGCAGCUGGGCGUCCACGCAGUGGCCGGGGAUUCCCCCCAGCAGCAGCCGCGCCAGCCGGGGAACCACCGGGAGGCGUCGCAGGCUGCGAGCGCCGCCAUGCCGCCACAGCAGCGCCGCAGGGCGCCCCCUGAGGCAGCGGGUGACAAAUUGUCGUCGUAUGCUGGGAUCCAGUAUUCACCACAAGACAUGGCAGAGUACGUGUUCUGGACCGGAGAUGAGAAGGGAGUGACGCUGGCCAUCGAAGAGUUCUUGCAGGAAGGACUGAUGACUCGGGAGGAGGCGAUCCGCUUCCUGCAGGACAUCAAGCUGAACCUGGACCUGCUGCAGCAACAGUUCUCCCAGCAGAAGCAACAGGAGCAGCAGAUGGCCAAGGAUCGGGCUACCCUCCUCCAGAAGGCACUGGGUCUCGACAAGCCAGAGGUUCCGGUGACUUCAGAACCCAAGCUGCUCCCACAGGACAAUGAAGUACUGCAGAAUGACAAGAAGAAUACUGGCUCACAUAUUGAAACCAACAAAGUUUCUGACAGUUCCGAUGAAGACUACGAGGAGCUGCUGGAGAGGUUGAAGGUGGUGGACUUCCUGUACACGGAGUACUCGCUGGAAGAGGUCAUUUACCAGCUGGCCAAGAUCAUGUUCACACAGUCUCUCACCAGGGGGAGUGCUGAGGCCCAGAGUGCACUGCAGAAGUUCACGGCAUUCCUGGAGGCAGAGGCGGAGCAGGGACACAUCUCGCGCAGCCUCGAGAAGAAGGUUCUUGACGUGCUGAUAGCAUCGCUGACAGAUACGCUGUCGGAAAAGCCGCAGCUGCUGGCCGCGGCUCGCGAAGGCCUAGCCAACGGCACACCCCUCCACGCGGCUCCUGCACCCGGAGGCCUUGGUGCCGGCAGCGCGGGUGGUGCCAGUGCUAAGGACCAGAUGCUGCUGCGCCAGCUGCUGAGCCUCGCGCCCACGGCGCAGCCGGGGUCGUCGCGCGGACGGCAUGGCGGAGAGGGCGAAGUCGCCGUUGAUGCUCGGGCCGGUUCUGAGGUGGGGGCCGUGGGAGCGCGUGCCCACUCCGCCACUUAGAUGGCUGGGGGAUGUGGUGUGCAGUUCCCCGUCACCUCCCCACUCUCGUGUCUCCUUGCCCCUCUCAGCAGCUGCUUUUCUGCGUUUUGCAUUAUUUGCUUACAUAAUCCAGCCCAUAUUUGCUAUUUGUUACAGCUAAUGAAUUGUUAUAAAAGGAAAAUGGACCAUGCGUAGACAGAGAAUAUUUCAUCACUAUCAUGAUCAUCAUUUUACUACAAAUAAUAAUCUCCAUAAAUUUAGAAUGGAAAGUUGUGGGUGGGUCCAUAUUUUUCUGAAAAUAGCUUUUCCGCAGUUACUAUUUAUUGUUUAUAUUUCAUUAUUUGCAAAUUGUUUCAGGGGUCCAUCCCCAUUUCCAAGUACUCGCUGUUGUAACCGAUCAAGCUCCCCACAGUCAGGCUUUACUGUUGCCAGGUUCAAGCUUGACAUCUUGGCCACUUACAAGAAGAUCCAGGCUCAUGUUUGGAUAAUCGAUCUCACUGCUGCCCUUCUAUCUGUCACAGCACUAGCAGGGGGAGGGGUGGCAAGUCUUUUGACCCGGUCUCCCUUUACAUCCCGAAAAGAUUCACAGCACUCACUGUGACAGCAUCAAAAAUUUCCACCCCUACCCAGGUUUGAACCCACAAACCCACCCUUCCACUCUCUCUCUCUCUCUCUCUCUCUCUCUCUCUCUCUCUCUCUCUCUCUCUCUCCCCACAUC